CGCAAGGAUGGCUUGAAUGCUUUUUCCAUGUUGCACGCAUCAAUAGCAGAGGACGUAGCGGAAAUAGAAAGAGCGUGAGAGAGAGAGAGAGAGAGAGAGAGAGAGAGCGGGAGGAGAGAGGGAGGAGAGAGGUGAACUCUGAUUUCUCUCUCCUGUCAUAUCAAGUUUCCAGAGCACCGGGAUAGAAGAACCAGAACCAGAACCAGAGCGGAAAUGGGGACAACAUCAAGCAUGAUAGGGGAAGAAAAUCGCCCGACUUGAGCUUUCGAAGUUUGCAUGCAUACCAAUCCAUUCGUUAAUCGCUCAUUGCGGAUUCAAGAUCUCCUUUUCUCUUCGUUUCCUCGGUUCCAUCUCCAGCUUCAGCUGCGAAAGUGAGUGAUAAACAGGAAGAGAUCUCCAGGGAUCUAAGACUCUUUUGUAUGCAGCGGCGUGUUCUUAGAUGAGGGGAAUGCCCUUCAGUCGUUCGGGGAAGGGAGCGCUGGAAGCAAUAGCAGCUCAAAUCCUUGGGGAGGAAGACAAAGGCGGCACCUUUUGGAGUCGCUCUAGUCAUAGGAAGAAGAAAGGCGAGGUUUUGGAACCUAGAUCAGUUUUGUAUCACAGGAGGAGCCCAAGCCCUCCUACUUCCACAUCCACACUGUCUUCCUCUCUUAGCGGCGGCGUCGGCGGUGGCGGAGGUUCAACGGACACCGGCGGAGUGGCGGCGGUCUCCGAAAACCCCUCCCAGAGGAAAGAAGAAUGGGCGACGGAGCUACAAACCAUCGCUGGAUCACCGGAGAUGAGCGGCUUCAUCGGCUCCGGUGAGAAGUGCGGUAUGGAGGCUGAGGACUGGGAGACGAUGCUUUCUGCCCCAACUGCUUCCCCGAACCAGGAGCAAACUUUCCUUCGCUGGAUCAUGGGGGACAUCAACGAUCCUUCUGCUGUUUCGAAGCAUCAUCAUUAUCCGCAGAUCUCCACUCAAGCAUCCCCGGUGGAAUUUGAUGCCGGCAUCGCCGGUUCGAGCUUCGGUCUCGUCGACCCUCUCUUCGGAUUUGAACCCAUCGGAGGAAUCGCCGGCGUUACGUCUUCCUCCGGUGGGUUUUAUCAAAGCAGUAGAAAUAGUGAUGGUAAAAAUGCAGUUUUUAUGAGCCCACCGCCGGGUAUGGCCUUUUUCCAAGAACCCAUUGAAGAGAAACCCCAGAUUUUUGGGCAUAACCUUGUCCUACAAACCAAUACUCCUUCUAACCCGGACUUAUUUGUUCCAAGCGCAUCUUUUGGUGCAGUCACAGAACAACACCUGACCUCAAACCUCCUCCCUUCUCAUCCCAAGCGUCACCACUCUAUGCCCAAUGACCCAGCUUGCCAAAUCCCUGCAGUGUGCACCGGCAAGCUUCUACAAGCCCCAUAUCAACUCCAGCAACGUCUGAUGAAGCCCAGAACUUCAUUGGCUGGGGAAGAUGCGGCGGCUGCUGCUGCCAUGGCUUUACAGCAGCAUCAGGCUCUUAUUGACCAGCUCUUUAAGGCAGCUGAGUUCGUUGAAACAGGGAAUUUUAUCAGCGCGCAUGGGAUAUUGGCGCGGCUCAAUCACCAGCUCUCCUUCCCUCUUGGAAAGCCACUUCUCCGCUCCGCAUUUUAUUUCAAAGAGGCGCUGCAUUUGCUUGUAGCCAAUUCUUACAAUCCACCUCUGACCGCCUCCUAUCCUCACCCUCACAGAGCACCAUUCACCACUUCAUUGUUUACCCCAUUAGAUGUAGUCCUCAAGCUCAGUGCCUACAAGGCCUUCUCUGAGGUUUCCCCUAUUCUCCAUUUCACCAACUUUACUGUCACACAGGUUCUUCUUGAGGAGCUUGGUACCACCGACUGCAUUCACGUCAUAGACUUUGAUAUUGGAAUUGGUGGGCAAUGGUCCUCCUUCAUACACGAGCUCGCACAGAGGAGGUCUUCUUCCUCUACCCCUCGGCUCAAAAUCACUGCUUUUGUCUCUUUCUGUGCCUUCCACCCGCUAGAACUGCAUCUUACCAGUGAAAACCUCUCCCAUUUUGCCGCUGACCGCAAUAUUCCCUUCGAAAUCAACAUCUCAAGCAUUGAGUCCUUUGAUCCCGUUGAAAUCCUUGCAGCCUCAGCUGGUCGCAAUGAGACAAUUGCUGUGAAUCUCCCUGUAGGGGCUGGGCUUAACCCAUCUUUUACAGCAACACUUCACCUUAUUAAACAACUGACACCCAAAAUUGUUGUAUCAGUUGAUCAAGGAUCUGAUAGGAGUGACUUACCAUUUUCUCAUCACUUCCUCCACUCAUUCCAGUCCUCCAUGAUCCUCCUUGACUCCAUUGAUGCAGCUGGAAGCAACCUUGAUGCAGCUAACAAGAUAGAGAGGUUUAUCCUUCAACCCAAGAUUGAGAAUUGUGUAAUGGGGCGGUACCGUGCUACUGACAAGAUACUACCAUGGCGAUCUCUCUUCACAUCUGCUGGUUUUGUGCCAGUGCAGUUCAGCAACUUCACGGAGGUGCAGGCGGAUUGUCUAUUAAAGAGAGUUCAGGUGAGGGGAUUCCAUGUAGAGAAGCGACAAGCUUCACUUUACCUCUAUUGGCAACGAGGUGAGCUGGUUUCCAUUUCAGCUUGGAGGUGCUGAGGAUCUUCUACCAUCUUCUUUACUUGCAGGCAUGUCAUCUGGUAUGAUUUUGUCGUCAUCUUCCAGGGUAAUCUUUUGUAGUCAUUUUAGAUGUUAAGAAUAUGAAAAUUCUGCAGCGAAAAAUCUUUUUUGGUAUCUUAUGUUCCUUUUGUCUUACCAAUUGUUCAUCUUCUCAAUUCUGAUGUUUUCAAAGACAGAUUCUGCUUUGUAGAAAAAUUGUCUAACAAGUUUGACAUUUUGGAUCAGCUUAAAUUGGGCAUCUCCUUCUUUUUUCUAAACAUGGGGCUAAGAUAUGGGCUUUUGGAGCAAGAAGCAAGUUUUCUUUGGAAGCAAUAUUUCUU